CCUGCCUCUCCUUGUAAAGGUCAGAUUCUGUGUAUUACGCCCUGCACGCCCCCUCCCACAACGUACCCACAUGCCCUAUGCGACGAGAUUGGGAACAUCCAAGUACAGGAGCUGGCCCGCGGGCCCGAUAUGCUCAUCAACAUGGGUCUGGACGUGUAUAGGCUCAAACGAUUGGCACAAGAUUUUGUAGGCUCAGGUAUGGGCGUAUGUCCUUUCCGGCGAUGUGGACAAGGAGACUGGGAGCACAACGGGAACCAUGUGAUCGAUUCUUGCACAGAGGACACACGAGAGCUUAGGAUGGAAGAGACUUAGAGGCGCUCUGGAGCAACGGACUGGGAGUCAAGACGAGCCUGUAUGAUGCGCUGUCGAAGCCUGAGAUCCGGGUGUCGGCGAGAGAGGUGCAGGGGAACC